AUAUAUGGUUUAAAUGAAUGCACUAGAUUAAAUGUUCUUAAUGUAGUGGAGUAGAAGAAGUUUUAUACAUAUCAAAAAAUAGUAGUAAAAGUACCUCAGCUUAUACUACCCCAAUUCAUUGAGUAAAUGUACUUAAAAAAGAAGAGCAAUAAUAAAUAUUUCUCGUUUAAUCGCCAAAGAGCAUAUUCUACACGUUUCCCACACUCCCUGAACUCACAGGCACAACAGCGGAGAACCUUGUAAUUACUCUUUAAUUUCCCACAGUCCGUGAAGGCAACAGCUGCCCGCGCAAAGACAAACAAACAUGGCGGAAUCGGUGUGUGACGUAGAGCACGAGGCCGUGAAGCCUCCACCCAAGCGCAGGCGCAUCCUGGACCCCUCGGCCAUCGUCUCGGUGCCCGUUUACUCCAACAAGGUGAGCAGCAGUUUGCAGCUGAGGCCCAUGGCCGCCGUCUUCACCGAGAAGGACAACUCCGACGACGGUUUGUGGGCUCGCUUUUCUUCUCGAGAAGCUCCAGCAGACGUGGUCCACCUCAGCGACUCUGAGGACGAGGCUGAAGUCCAGCUGGAGACAACAGAACUAGCUGCUGUCCGCUGCCCGUCUCCUCCAGAGAGUCCGGUCCAGAAACAGUCCCGACAGGUCCAGAAGAAGAUCAGUGAGAUCGACAGAAAGCUCCAGGCGGUGAACUCCUUCCUGUCUCCUGAGCCUCGGGACAGGAAGUGCCUCAGCGAGCCGGAGGAGGACGUCAUCGUGAACCCGGUCUCCGAACGACAGGGUUCUCUGUACAGCUCCUCGGUCCGGGAGAUCCCCUUGAAGAUCCGCUGCCGGACUGACGUCCACAAGGUCCUGGUUCUGUCGUCGACCCGUCUGAGUGAUGUGCUGACCCAGCUGUCAAUCAUCCUCGACGUGCCGCCUCCUCGCCUCCUGCUGCUCAGGGAGGAGGAGGAGCUCCGGACGGACGCCACCGUGGGCGAGCUCGGCCUCGGCAUCGCCGACAUCAUCGAGUGCGUCGUCAUGGCAGCGCAGGAUGACAGUGAGGCCGACAGCCGCAGCAGCGUCACCGUGAGGCUGCAGAGCAAAGACCGAGACUCCUCACAGGAGUUCUCUCUGCACAGAGACGCUCCGCUGGGCUCCGUCUUCUCCCGGUAUCUGUGCACGAUGCCCGGCGUCGCCCGGACGACGGUCCGCUUCCACUACGACGGCAGCAAGGUGACGGACGGACAGACGCCGGCUCAGCUAGACAUGGAGGACGGGGACAUUAUCGAAGUUUGGGUUUAGACUUGGAGCCUCUAUUGUUCCUUUGAAAUACUCUAUUAAUUGUGGGAUUCUAUGCUUAGAACAUGAAAACUUGUACAAUUGUAAACUUAUUUAAAUAUAAUGUCUGUACAAUAGCCUCUUUGUACUUUUAUAACUGGUACCGGAAAUAAUAAUAAAAUGAGUAGAAGUUUCUCUUUAAGAAAAAUCCCAGGUAAUGUUACGUCUCAGUGCAAUUCAAUUUAAACAAUAUUAUUUAUUUGUUUGUCAUAAUUAUUACAAACUGAGUUUUGGAAGAAAACUGUAAUUACAAUUCUCAAGAAUCAAGUAUGCAGUUAUUCCUUGAAACAUUACUUUUAUUAAAUAUAAUAAAUAAUUGUAUGUGAAAAUGG